UAGGUAAAGAUGGGCAACAGUGCCUGCUCCUGUAAGUGUUGCCGUUUGCUGUGUUCAGAGGAAAAAGAUACAGUUAUCAACAAACAAAUGUUCAUAUCGAUCACUGAAUAUGCUUGUAAUUCACUGAGUGAUCAGAAGCUCAAAGUGGGUGAUCUCUUGGAGGUGACGGAGGAAGGACAACACUGGGUGUAUGCAAAGAGAUUCACAGUGAAGGGUGCCAAGAAAGGAUUUAUUGAAGAACAGCUCUACGUACCGAGAGAUUUUCUCAAACCAGUGGGUAGUUUGGAGGCACAGUCAUGGUAUUUUGAAAACAUCACAAAGCGCACUGAGGCCAAAAGAUGUUUGCUGAGACCAGAAAACAGUGAGGGUGCAUUUCUUGUGUGGAGAAGUACAGAGAAUAAUUGCUACUACCUUUCAGUAAAGAAUGGGCCCUAUGCACGGCAUUACAGAAUUAGGGAAAGAGAAUCUGACAAACGAUUUUACCUUGUUAAUCGGAAAACAUUUCAGACCCUUCCUGAGUUAGUGCAAUCAUAUUCCAAGGAUCAGGAUGGACUUUGUGCACGCCUUAACCUCCCUUGUGUUAUGCUGGACAAACCAUCCCUUCCCAGCCUCUCUUAUGAGGAACAAUGGGAAAUCGACCGAAGCUCUCUGACCAAAGUGAAGAAGCUUGGCAGUGGGGAAUUUGGAGAAGUGUGGCACGGGGUAUGGAACAAUGUAAUAGACGUGGCUAUUAAAGAGUUUCGAGUCAUCAGCCCAGAUAUUCAGACAGAGAUAAAGAUCAUGAAGGAGCUUCGGCAUAAGCACCUGCUCAGGCUAUAUGCUGUGUGCACUGUUCAUGAGCCCUUCUGUAUUAUCACCGAGCUCAUGAGAAAUGGAAGCUUGAAGAAAUAUCUCAUCAUUCACAAAGAGUUGAGAAAUAUUGAGUUUGCUCUCAUGGUGGACUUUGCAGUGCAGAUUACAGAAGGGAUGGCAUACUUGGAGAGCAAGAACAUUGUUCACAGAGACUUGAGAGCUGAUAACAUUCUACUCACUGAAAUGUUGUCCUGCAAGAUAGCAGAUUUUGGACUAGCUCAGUAUACUUUGUCCCAAGAGAAACAAUUAUCUUCAAUUAAAGUCCCAGUAAAAUGGAUGGCACCUGAGAUCUUCGCUGGAAAGGACUACACAAAAAAGUGUGAUGUCUGGUCUUUUGGGAUCCUCUUGACUGAAAUGAUCACAUACGGAAAUGAUCCAUACCCAGACCGUGACAAUGUAGCUUGUGUUCAGGCCAUUCAGAGGGGUUACAGGAUGCCACAACCAGAAGACUGCCCAGUAACAUUGUAUGAUAUCAUGUUGCUAUGCUGGCAUUCCGACCCUGAUGAAAGGCCCACGUUCAUGGAACUUCAGGAAAGGUUAACUACUCUGAUCCCUGAACCCGCUGUGGUGCUUGAUUAGAACUUUGCUGAUGAUAUAUACAGACAUACAGAUAUAUACUACAUGAUAUAUACAGUAAAAAAAAUAAAACCUACAAAUUUAUUCAAACAAAAUGCUGCUACAUUGAUAUUAGCUGUUGUGAUGCUAAUGUAUUUCUACAGAAAGUCUUUUUGAUCAUCCAGCAUUCUCUUUAAAGCAAAAAUGCAAGAUGUGCUUUUGUCUUCAAUUUCCCUUUUGAAUCAAUAUUUUUGUGUUCACAUUGAAACAGCGGACUAUCGAGGAUGACUAAUACAUUGGCAGUGAUGUCUGUUUUAGUUAUAACGGCACACACACAAAAAAGACCAAGAAUCUUUUACGGAUCAUGUAAACAGCUAGUAGCUGUGCCAAAAGAAACAAACCAGAAACUACUGACAAUGUAGGCUAGCCCAAAUUUUAGACUGUCUGGUAAAUUCAUGGUAAUUUGUGACCUUUUUGUAUUUUCGAUUUACCAACAAAUUUAUAUAUAGUUUUAUACACAAUGCCACAUUUUUCUCACGUGUAAAUUUAGGAAAGCACUUUACGUAUUUGUUAAUAAUUACUGAGACAAUUUAUUAAAGGUUUAUUGACAACAACUAUUUUUGCUGUGAUUGCAUAAGGUUAUGCUAUUUGACCAGCUUCCUGUCAUCAGCACUUACAUUGUGCCAAAUGAUCUGAAUUCAGCCUAGCCUACAGUAAACUGGCUAAAUUAAUGACCUGAAUGCAACAAUCUGUUGUAACAGUCUGGUUAAAAUUAAUUUGAAUGAUGUGCUAAUUGGUUUUCAGAUCACAGCUAUUAAUGCAUAUGCUAAUUAAACACUUGUAAUAAUAAUAAUAAUAAUAAUAAUAAUAAUAAUAACAAUAAUUAUUAUUAUUGUUAUUGUUAUUAUUAUUAUUAUUAUUAUUAUUAUAUGUAAUAAUAAUAAUAUUACAGCUCAUGUAUUAAUUGAUCAUCAUGAACGCAUUAGUUCACUCAUUAAUAUAUGCUUAUUUUGUACCCUUAUUGUAAAGUGUUACCAUCCUUUCUCCCAUCUAAAGAUACUCACACUAUAUAGGUGAUGGGAUUAUCAUGACACAAGUACUAGUUUGGCUGCUGACCUCAACAUAAGCCACAUGCCUCGCAUCUAUCUUGAUGCACAUAUAAUAAAACAUCAUUAAGAAUUUCAAAUAACCCAUAACAAUACAUAGCUGAGCAGCCUGCGUGUAUACAAUCACUUGAAGUAUAAAGUAUUUGCUUUGGUGUAAGGUUUACAGCAAAGGUAAAAUGAUUUUUAUAUUUUAUUAAACAUACAGUACAGUAACAAUAGACUACAUCAAAACGUCAAAUGCUUUAAGUACCAUGCACUUAAAGGGGCUUAAAGGUGUAAAAUGCAGUACCAAGCCAACCAUGAAGCAGCAUCAGAAUAUAUUAUCCACAAAUAAAACACAAAUCAUUAAAGAACACACAUUAAUGGUUUUCCAAUUGCCUUUUGUACUCAAACUUCUCAGUGUAGUGGCACUGUAUUGUGCCAUUGUAUUGUUAUCAUUAUUAACAAUAACAACAACCAUAAUCAUUCUCGCUUGACUUUUUCAUGCACUUGCCUUUUACACACAAAUAUUUAUGUGAAUAUAUUCACAUAUGAAGUAAAUCUUUAAACAUUUUAACACCCUGCUAAAUAUGUGAUAGUAACAAUGUGUCAGUAAAGUAUGUACAGUAAAGAAGUCUAUGAAAUUUAGUGUAUAUAUGUAUUCUAUGCUGUAAAAUACACUGUAUAAUAAAUUUAUUUUGUCUGCUUUAAAUUGUUUGUAUAUUGUUUGCAUUUUUAUAAUCAUUCAUUAAAAAAUCCUUUAAACUG